AUGGUUGGAACACGAUCAACCCGUAACCAGGCCAAAGAGCCCAAACGAGAACCUUUACGAGAACGCACCCUGUCAUACGACAACCCAAACGCACUCGGCGACGCAGGGGAAGACCAGGCAGCGCGACAAGAAAGCGGCAAGCUCAGCGUCGCAGCAAAAGACAUCGCACGGUAUCUCGAAAUCAACCGCUCCAUCGACUGGAACGAGAAGACCGGUCCGCAGCGCGCAGGUGCUGGGAAACAACGCACUGCUUCUGUCCUGCAGCGCCGCGGGGAUAUUGCGCAGCCGGCGUGUUCGCGGUGUGAGCAGGGAAGCAGGGUAUUUGGAUCUUGUGUUGCGGCGCCUGUUAUCAGCGGGUAUGCGUUCCAGAGUGGUGCGUGUGCGAAUUGUAUCUGGGAUGGGAAGGAGAAGGCUUGUUCGUUGAGGGGGGAGACGUUGCCGUUGGAUUCGGUUUCUGUUCGCCAGUUUACAGGAGAUGGGUUCAAUCUCCGCCAUGCGAUUCGCGAAGAGGCCUGGAUUGAUGGAGAUCCCAGCCAGCCUGAUCUGCCGGAGCCACCGAAGAGGGACGUGUUUGUGGACGCAUCAAGUGAGGUUCGUCCAACAAGUGAGGAUACUGACAAGGGGAACGACGACAAGGGCAGCAAUGACAGGAAUAGCAGCGACAAGGAGAAUGUAGAUGUAGCGGGGUUCUUCAAUGAGUUCAAGCUGGAUAGCUCAUUUGCUCGCAUUGGAACGUCGCAGCAUGGCCCCCGUUGUCAUUUUGAUGGCGUCGAACUGAAGUUUCCAAUAUCACGGGAGAUCUGGAAGAGCGAGAGACGUCUGCUGAAAGCCCGAUCGGACCUCGCGCACUUUGUGGCCAUUAUCGACACUCGUCUGUUCGAGAUGGGAUAUGCCAGGAGUGACGCCGUGUUUUGGGAGCGAGAGGCGCGCCGGAUGACCAGGCUGUUUGCUACUGGGAAAAGGAGAAAGGAUAUAACAGCUCCAAGUCGACGUCGCUCUUUGACGCCACCUCCUAAGAUUGUCGUUUCAGAAGCCAACGCUCCUUCGCUUCCUCUACAAGCAUCUCAUGCGCCACAGAGUGAACCUCCCCAGCCCACCGAUAAAACCAAGAAAGCCCCGACUGCACCGUCCCAGCGCCUGCUGCCUCCUAUUAAGAUAGGGACUAAGCAGAGCAGCCGCCCGCCAACAGUAGCCACCAGCUCUCGUGAUCGAAGCGUCUGGGACAGACCUGGCAGCCCCGACUACAGCGACAAGGAGAACGAGAACCGCUCGGCUGGACCCGUACACGAGGCAGAGAGAUUUGAAAAUCUUCAUGAUGCCGUUAAACUUUUUGAAGCUGCUAUGAAAAAUUAUCCUAAAGCUGCUGCUAACGUUUCUGCUGAAGAUCCUGCUGAAGCCCCUCAAGCUCCAGCUCCAGCUGCAGCUAAAGGCGCGAGUGUCGGGAGUGAUGAAGAAGGGAGCGAAAGUCGUAAGCACCCGACGACUGAGAAUGUGCGUCCAGAAUUCACUGAUCGUCAAAGAAGGGCUGCUGGUGGGACUAUGGGACCGAUUUGGGCUAUGAGAAGGUCUCGACCGGAGGCCUUUGAUGAAGGCUCGCCCCCGAUAGUCUCGAAGCGCCAUCGUAGUGAGCGGCAUGGUGACAGGGCUCGUGAAUAG